AUGCCAUACACUGCGCCGUUGAAGACGUUGCUCUCCGCGCAGCACAUUGAAUACUCCCAACCAACCGAGCCUUCUGAGCGGCCCGGUUUGGCUCGCUCCUCGUCGGGACGGGCUCAGAAUUCCCGUUCAUAUUCCUCUACCUCAUAUACCCGUCGUCAUCGGAGGAGUCCUUCGAACAGCAAACCGACAGUGCAUUCCACUCCAGAAUCCCCGGCCCGGGCUUCCCCCUCUAUCGAUCCACAUGCCAGUCUCCGUCAGUCCCCACCGCCGAUAAGCAAUGCUAUCAUCCCUCCCGGGGCGGUAAUCUCCCCCCUGAGUCUGGACCGAACUCAAGUGAUGAAGAAUCACCACACCGGAGUGACCACCCAGAAAUGCCGGCUCGGCCCUCAUCAAGUGCGCCGUCAACCACUGAGGCAAAGCCCACUCGUCCCAAGCUCCCCCCACCUACCAUUAUCCAAAGAAGCUCGCAAGAUUACUCAUUCUCGAUCAUCCACUGAAACCGCCAUCGAGUUGGCUCGUGAAUCGGCACUGACUAGCUCGCCCGAAGGAAGUGACGUGGAGAUGCCGUGCAAGCCCCCAAUGGUCCGUAAGAAGUCAGGUGAGCUUGUUCGACCUGCCCUGCGCCCUUCUUUGGCACGGCGACGACCAUCCAGCAUGCCUGGUACUCCCGUCUAUUCCAAAGCGGUGCACUUUGACUCCCACUUGGAACAUAUCCGUCACUUCCUCCAGCUGGACAGACCAUUGGCUGUCAGCACAGAAACAUCACCAGUUGAAAACCACGACACCGAGGCCGAGUUUCCCUUUGGCGGUCCAUCGUGGGAAUGGGAGAUCAAGCUCGCCAAUUGGCCCAAGGAUAUCUCGUCACGUGCGACUUGUCCGGUCCGCCUCGAGCGAUUGUUCUUGUCGACUGAUAAGAGCACUUUGAUCGGCACUGUGGCAGUGGCGAAUCUUGCUUUCCACAAGAAUGUGACCGCUCGUUUCACACUGGAUUAUUGGAGGACUACCUCGGAGGUUGCAGCGGCAUACUGCCACGAUGUUCGCCGCCAGCAAGCUGCCGAUGGGUUCGAUCGCUUUUCGUUCGAUCUCAAGCUGGAUGAUCAGGCCAAUCUGGAGACCAAGACCAUGUUUAUGUGCAUCCGCUAUAACGUGGAUGGACAGGAAUAUUGGGAUAACAAUGAUUCGGUGAACUAUCAGGUUGAUUUCCACAAGGUGCCCAAGAACCCUACGAGCAAGCCUCCAAGUGGCGGAUCUCGCCCUGCUCUUCCGCGCAGCCGAUCCUUCACCAGCUCUCAUACCGCUCGACCGCAAUCCAUGCCGCCUAACUAUGAUUUCCCCGAUGUCAGCGAUAAGACGCCAUUCACGAAUCCUUUCGAUGAUGCGAAUGGUGCGCCCUUGGCCCGUAAGCCCUCGGAUGACAUCGAUACGGUCGCGCCGCCCAAACGCCGUGAAAACUCCAACCGCCAGGCAUUUGGGAAUCGGUACGACUUCGGAGCGUCGCUGUCUGCUGCUAUGCGGUCAAAGGCGCCUCUAGAUCGGACCGCUCUGACUGCCCGCGCGAAAUCUGGGGAGACCGUGGCGCCGGAGACCAAACCCACCAAGAAAGCCCCCAGUUUUGGGCAGGGCCAUGGUUCUGCAGUGAGCGAUAAUUUCCGCACCGGAGGUCGUGUGGGAGAUCUAAAACCGUCCUCUUUGGUAUCUAGCAAGCCACAGCUCGAGUCUUCCGUGUACCAGGAGUUGGUCGAUAAGUACUGCUUUUAUGGGUCUCCGCAAGGAUCGAACCUGAAGGCACACCCAUCGAUCUCGAGCGGUCGUGAAGGCGAGGCCCCAAAGCAUAUCUCUGCCCCAGCCUGUUCUUCGCCGCCGCUGUCUCCUCGGUCUCCUGCUCCUCUCCGGGCUCCUGUCGCCGAAGCACCCCGUGCUUCUGUUAGCCCACGCGCCUCUCCGCUGCCCUCAGCCUCACCCCUGGCCUUUCGCCAUUCUUUCCACCACAAUUUCAUGAAUGAUCCUCACUCUCCUACGGUCAUUAGAGGGUGA